UCCCGCGAUGCAUGCCGGGAGUUGUAGUCGCUCCCGCCCGCCCGCGGUCGGUGUGCGCGUCAUGGCUGCUGGCACCGCGCUAGCGCUCGCGCGCUCUUCCGCUUGGCCCCAGAAAGUUUCGGUUCUGCGCGGCGGUGGACCCAAGACCGCGUGCCACCAUGAAGUCUGACCACUGCUGACCAGACAGCCACGGAGCACCAGAGUUCUAACCUUCCCCCAGACCCACUCGGCCAAGGAAGGUGGGCUCGCCAUGGCCUCCACCAGCGCCGAGAGCCAACUCCAGAGAAUCAUCCGCGAUCUGCAAGAUGCAGUAACAGAACUAAGCAACGAAUUUAAGGAAACGGGAGAGCCAAUCACAGAUGACAGUACCAGCUUGCACAAGUUUUCUUAUAAACUUGAGUAUCUUCUGCAAUUUGAUCAGAAAGAGAAGGCCACCCUCCUGGGAAGCAAGAAGGACUACUGGGAUUACUUCUGUGCCUGCCUGGCCAAGGUGAAAGGAGUCAACGAUGGGAUCCGAUUCGUCAAGUCCAUCUCGGAGCUUCGAACAUCUCUGGGGAAAGGAAGAGCCUUUAUUCGCUAUUCUCUGGUGCACCAGCGGUUGGCAGACACCUUACAGCAGUGCUUCAUGAAUACCAAAGUGACCAGCGACUGGUACUAUGCAAGAAGCCCCUUUCUGAAGCCAAAGCUGAGCUCUGACAUCGUGGGCCAACUCUAUGAGUUGACGGAGGUUCAAUUUGACCUGGCCUCGAGAGGCUACGACUUGGAUGCCGCCUGGCCGACAUUUGCCAGGAGGACACUGGCUACUGGCUCUUCUGCCUACCUGUGGAAACCCCCCAGCCGAAGCUCCAGUAUGAGUAGUUUGGUGAGCAGCUACUUGCAGACACAGGAGAUGGCCUCCAGCUUUGACCUGAGCAGUCCCCUAAACAACGAGGCACUGGAGGGCUUUGACGAGAUGCGGCUCGAGCUGGACCAGUUGGAGAUGCGGGAGAAACAACUGCAGGAGCGUGUGCAGCAGCUGGACAGGGAGAACCAGGAGCUGCGGGCAGCAGUCAGCACGCAGGGCGAGCAGCUACAGGUGGAGAAGGAGAGGGGACACUCUGCAGCAGAGGACAACAUCCGCCUCAUGGGCCUGCUGGCCGAGCUCCAGAAGCAGUGGGAGGUGACCCAGGCCACCCAGAACACUGUGAAGGAGCUGCAGAUGUGUCUACAGGCCCUAGAGCUGGGUGCGGCCUCAAAGGAAGAUGGCCACUCGACUUUACGACAGCUAGAGGCCAUGCUGCAGCCCCUGGCACAGGAGCUUGAGGCUGCACGGGAUUCCCUGGGCAAGAAGGACCACCUCCUGACCAGCCUCUCAAACUGGCUGGCCAGGGCUGAACAGAAGGCAGACCCAGCACUGGACACAAAGUGGCAGCAAGAGCACAUGCCCACUGACUCGACCCUGAAGAUCAAGGAGCUAGGGGAAAAGCUUCAAGCCCUAGAAAGGGAGAGCACCAAGGUCCAGGAGCUCAACAGGCAGCAGAGUGCCCAGCUGGAGCAGCUGGCCAAGGAGCUACAACUGAAGGAGGAGGCCCGGGCGGGCCUGGAGCGCCGGGUGAAGGAGGUAGCCCUGCUCCAGGAAGAGCUAUCUGGGAAGGGGCAGGAGGUAGCCCAGCUGCGACGACAGCUGCAGGAGUCACUGGCCCACUUGAGCACCCUGGAGGAGGAGCUGGCACAGGUGAGGCAGGAGGAACAGCGGCGGCGGGAGGAGAAAGAGCUGCUGGAGCAGGAGGCUAGGUCCCUGACCUGGCAGCUACAGCUCCUGGAGACCCAGCUGGCACAGGUGAGUCAGCAUGUGAGCGACCUGGAGGAGCAGAAGAAGCAGCUCAUCCAGGACAAAGACCACCUCAACCAGAAGGUGGGCAUGUUGGAGCGGCUUGCUGAGCAGCCAGGUGCAGAGCGGCCUGUGACCAGCGAGAGGAGUGAGUCCCUGGGCCCUCUGCACUCCACCUUGCAGCAGGCCUCUGAGAAGCCAGAGGAGGGCCAGCAGUGUGUGCCAAAGGGACAGAUGGACAACACGCAGGGGCAAGGGGGUACCCAGGAGGAGGAGCUGCAGCAGGCCAACAGAGAGCUGCAGAAAGAGUUGCAGAACAUGGUUGAGCGCAACCAGCUCCUGGAGGGCAAGCUACAGGCCCUGCAGGCUGAUUACCAGGCCCUGCAGCAGCGGGAGUCGGCCAUCCAGGGCUCCCUGGCCUCCCUGGAGGCAGAGCAGGCCAGCAUCCGGCACUUGGGAGAUCAGAUGGAGGCCAGCCUCCUGGCUGUCAGAAAGGCUAAGGAGGCCAUGAAGGCCCAGGUUGCAGAGAAGGAGGCUGCCCUGCAGAAUAAGGAGGGUGAGUGCCAGCAGCUGCGGAAGGAGGCAGAACAGUGCCGGCAAUUGGCAGAGGCCCAGAACCAGGAGCUCAGAGCUCUUGAGAGCCAGUGCCACCAGCAGACCCAGCUGAUUGAGACCCUCACCACAAAGGAAGGCCAGCAAGGGCUGAACCUGCCCCGAGAUGACACAGUCCAGCUGGCCGUAUCUCAAGCACAGCUGGAAGUCCAUCAGGGGGAGGCACAGCGGCUGCAGGCUAAGGUGGUAGAGCUCCAGGCCAAGCUCCAGGCAGCCCUGGAUGACCAGGACAAGAUGCAGAGCCAGCUGUGCGUGGCCGAGGCAGUCCUGAGUGAGCACAAGACCCUGGUGCAGCAGCUGAAGGAGCAGAAUGAAGCCCUCAACAGGACCCACGUCCAGGAGCUGCUGCAGUGCUCAGAGCGGGAAGGGGCGCUGCAGGAAGAGAAGGCUGAUGAGGCCCAGCAGAGGCAGCGGGAGCUGCAGGCCCUGCGUGAGGCGCUAUCCCAAGCAAAGUGCAGCUCUGAGGAAGCCCAGCUGGAGCACGCUGAACUGCAAGAGCAACUGCACCGGGCUAACACCGACACAGCCGAGCUUGGCAUCCAGGUCUGUGCGCUGACUGCAGAGAAGGAGCGGGUGGAGGGAGCACUGGCCUGUGCUACCCAGGAGCUCCGGGACUCCAAAGAGGCAGCUUCAAGGGAGCGAGACAGCCUGCAGCGCCAAGUGGCAGGGCUGCAGCAAGAGAAGGAGAAUUUGCAGGAGAAGCUGAAGGCAGCCGAGGAGUCAGCCAGCUCCCUACCUGGCCUGCAGGCCCAGCUGGCUCAGGCCGAGCAGCAGGCCCAGAGCCUUCGGGAGGCUGCACAGCAGGAGCAUGACACCCUCAAGUUCCAGCUGAGUGCUGAGAUCAUGGACUACCAGAGCAGACUGAAGAGUUCCAGUGAAGAGUGCAAGGGCCUCAGGGCCCAGCUUGAGGAGCGAGGCCGGCAGCUGCAGGCUGCCGAGGAGGCCGUGGGCAAGCUGAAGGCCUCCCAAGCGGACAUGGGACAGAAGCUGAGCUUCACCAACAACCGUCUUUCAGAGUGCCAGGCUGCCAUGCUGAAUAAGGACAAGGAGGGGGCUGCCCUGCGUGAAAACCUGGAGAGGACCCAGAAGGAACUUGAAAAGGCCACAGCAAAAAUCCAAGAGUAUUAUGACAAACUCUGCCAGGAGGUGAAAGACCGGGAGAGGAAUGACCAGAAGAUGCUUGCGGACCUGGAUGACCUGAACCGAACCAAGAAGUACCUUGAGGAACGGCUGAUAGAGCUGCUCAGGGACAAGGAUGCUCUCUGGCAAAAGUCAGAUGCCCUGGAAUUCCAGCAGAAGCUCAGUGCUGAGGAGAGAUGGCUUGGGGACACAGAGGCGAACCACUGCCACGACUGCAAGCGGGAGUUCAGCUGGAUGGUGCGGCGGCACCACUGCAGGAUAUGUGGCCGCAUCUUCUGUUACUACUGUUGCAACAACUAUGUCCUGAUCAAGCACAGUGGCAAGAAGGAACGCUGCUGCCGAGCCUGUUUCCGGAAGUUCAGUGAAGGUCCUGGAUCCCCUGAUAGCACUGGCUCAGGCACUAGCCAGGGAGAACCCAGUCCUGUGCUGUCACCAUCCCAAGCUGGGCCCCAGGCCAUAGGAAGCCAAGGAACAAACUCAGAAUUCAGGCCACCAGACGAUGCUGUGUUUGACAUCAUCACAGAUGAGGAAUUGUGCCAGAUCCAGGAAUCCGGCUCCUCCUUGCCCGAAACACCCACUGAAACUGACUCUUUUGAUCCAAAUGUGGCCGAACAGGAUUCCACAUCAAACUCCCUGACCCCUGAGGACUCUGAGGACAUGCCCGUGGGGCAGGAUGCUGAAAUCUGCUUGCUGAAAUCUGGUGAACUGAUGAUCAAGUUGCCCCUCACAGUGGAAGAGAUCGCCAACUUUGGGGAGGGCAACAGGGAGCUGUUCGUGAGGUCCAGUACCUACAGCCUGAUCCCCAUCACCGUGAACGAGGCAGGCCUCACCAUCAGCUGGGUCUUCUCCUCCGACCCCAAGAGCAUCUCCUUCAGCGUGGUCUUCCGAGAGGCAGAGGACACACCACUGGAUCAGUGCAAGGUCCUCAUUCCCACGACCAGAUGCAAUUCCCACAAGGAGAACAUCCAGGGCCAGCUGAAGGUCCGCACGCCCGGCAUCUACAUGCUGGUGUUUGACAACACCUUCUCAAGGUUUGUCUCAAAAAAAGUAUUUUACCACUUGGCAGUUGACCGACCUGUGAUCUACGAUGGAAGCGAUUUCCCAUAGCAAGAAGCACCUGGACGGUAACUUCACUUCAUCCACAGGAAACACUACAUUUCCUCUCCUGCCACAUGAAGCACACACACACACCAAAAAAAAAAAAAAAAAAGAAAAAAGAAAAAAGAAAGAAAAAGAAAAGGAUGGCUGUGCCCAGGCUCACUGGCUCUGCCGCUCUGGAAGAGCCCGGGGCUGCUGCUCAGAAGCUGUGCUUCUCAGUGCGCCGUGUACUCUGCACCAUACACCUGUCCCUUUUAGCCCCCAUGGCUCCUAAGGGCUCAAGUGACAUUUCCAUUGAUGAGAGACCCAGCUGCCCUCCCACCCAAAGGGACAUCCUGCCAGAGGUGUAAACCUCUGGAGACCACCAACCUCUCCUGGGUGCACAGCCUCCUGUGGAGAGUUUCACAAGACACCUGUGGCCCCGGUUCCCACCUCUGGGGAGGGAUGCCCUGCUCUUUCCUGCCCCACACUCAGCCAGGCUCCCUGGUGACCAUAGCCACAUCCUGUGAGUCCUCAGGCUCUGAGGCCCUUGAGUGCUCCCAGGGAAAAGAGGCCUUGGGGCCACCAUGCAAGUUGAGGCACAGAGGUUGGGGGUGCGGCCCAUGAUCCCUCCUCCUGUCACGCGCCAGACCCUUACUGCACCAGUAAAUUUGGGGCUGCUCCAGUGCCUAGCAUUUGCUAGGGGCCCCUGAGCUGCAUAUUCCUCCUGGCCCUCUGUCUGGGUGACCCCAUUCCCAGGCAAAGCCCUCCACUCAGUAGCUCAAAACAUCACCCUAAGAAUCAGCUGAAGAUAAUCCAGGACACAAAGCCCACCCUCUGAGGGCCUCCAAAGCCCAAGGCUGGCUGAAAUUGACACCAUGACCAAAGUGCAAACUAUGCUUGGCCUUCAGGGCUGGCUCCUAGGCCAGUGCCUGUCUUCGUUUAUUUACAGAAGCGCUCUGGCCUCACCUGCAGGCACCUGCAUACUAAUGAGCAGAGCCCAGGCAAGAACCACUCUCAGAAACUGGGGCCUUCUUAGCCAAAUUCUUUGGUAACUUAAGAACCAAACUAACAGAGGAAACAGCCAUACAAAGGAAGCAGAGACAUAAAUUAUUCUUGGUCCCUGGUCCCCACCUGCCAGAUUCCCAAAACCCCACUUGCCACUUCCUUCUGUUCAGCCUGCCUUGACACCCAGGAGAUUCACCCCUGGAGGCAGGGGGUCCUGUUUCCUUUUCCUAGACAAAAGUUAGAUGCUCUUUCUGUUCUCUGUGGCCCUUCUCCUCUCACAGACAGCUCCACUCUGAUGGCCUCUCUGUCCCAUGGGAAGCCAGCCACCUGCAGCCAGGUCCCCAGUACUUCCACGGGGCAUCUGACAAAACAGCCCACAUUGGCCAGGGAGGAGGGAGGAAGCACCAGAAAGGUUGACUGAGGAUCUGAGUGCUGGACCCAGCCAUUCCUCCAACUGGCCUGGGGACCCAAGCAAGUCAUACCAACUCUCAGAACCCUGGACCAGUUGAUUUGGAGGGAUUGGGAAUGGGCCGGGGACUCCAGGCAAAGUCCAGCACACACCCCAGGCCCACCAUGCACCAUGGCCUCAGUCACGCCACCAGCACAGAGGAUGCUAAGGGCCGUGAGUAAGGGGAAGUAGCCUGUGACAUGGACUUGGCCUUCAAACAGGAGCGGGCAUUCCAGCCAGUGAGGAGGGCAGGAGUGGCCAACAGAACUUUCAAACAGCUGGGCCCCUUGCAUUCUGGGUCCUUGGAGCAGCCUCUCUGGCAGAAAGCCAUCGGGUGCUCUUGUCUCUUCCUAGCCAGGGCCUGACUGCUCAGCACUGAGACAGAAAAUGGCCAGAGCCCCAGAGACGCCCUAACCUGUGUGUGUCCUCACAGGCAUGCCACAUGGCCUGAGAUUGCUCAGGAGUAGGUCGUCCUUUGAACCCAUCCACCCUUUCACAAAGAAUCACCCAAUGUCAUCUUGCUCCCGUGACAAGGUACCAAGAGCCCCAGUACAGUCUCGGGGUCUUCUUUUCAGUGUUUGGUUUUCCCAAGAUGCCCUGGAGACUGGCCAAGCCGAGAACCUUCUGCUGGUAUCCACGCCACCGUCUACAACAAGAACCACCUCUCAUUGAGUAACUGAUGUGUUUGGGCCCUGUGAAGGACCUGGGCCAGUUCAUCUGAGUUCCAUUGUAAACAUUUGUCACUUGUCACAGCAGGGGACCAAUUGUAGCUUAAAAGAUCACCUGGCCCUUGUGAAACCAAUCAGAGCUUCUCCUCCCGAGAGCUGGACCUGGCCUCCUGUGGGCCCCACCUCCAGCAUUGACUGCUCUUGUGUGCAAAUAGGUCUUUGCCCCAACUGAGGUGACCUAGUGUCCCAGGGCCCUUCCUCUUUGGUUUCAUUAGCAUAUUUAUUUUUUGUGCUGAAUGGACAUUGGUACUACAGUAGUUCACCGUUCAGGCUCCUGUUUGCUGUGCACUGUGUAGCUAGAGAACAUCUUGACCUAUUUAAGUGUGAGUUUUACAAAUGGCUUUAUUCUUUUAAAUAGUUCCCAACUUGACUGAGGUGUGGAGGUUGGGGAAAUUUUUUUAAAUGCAAAUGACAAUUAUUGCCAGAGAUGGCAGCCCCAGCUCGCCUGAGUAACACUAGCAAUCCCUUGGGAUCACAGAUCACUAUUUUUUUUUUUAAGAGCAUCCCAUUAGGACAGCUCAGCUCUGGGAAUUAUGAUCACAUUUAGUAUUGAUACCAGCUGCCUUGUUCACCUGCCACUGAAGCCACUAAUCACCUUCGCCCAAGAGACACACCAACCUGCCAGACACAUCCACAAACAAGAAAGCAUGUUUGCAAUAAAAUAUGCUCCUCCAUGUCCAAGUGAACUCUACAGCACAAUGGACUCCAGGUAGACUGGACCAGGAACAGGUAAAGAAAUUCUCAAGCAAGAAUCCGGAACUGAAAAACCCCACUGGGUUUGGAAAGUAGAAAUGAAAAGCCACAUUAUAUAACUCAAAAGGAGAUGGUGCUUCUGAAGAUUUUCAGCUGUCGCCUAAGGUGGUGAAGCCACUCCAGGCCCAGAUAAAAGGAAAUCUCACUUGGGAUUGAAGUCUCAGAGUCUGUUUCAUAUGGUCAGAUGAUGUGAUAUGGUCAGGUGGCUUAUGAGUUGUAUUUUUUGAAGUCCAUGUUGACAGUUCUACCUGUGAGAAUUCUUUAGACCAAGAAACCAGCCUGGCUCUGAGGUAUUGGGAAGUGAAGCAGAGAGAAGCCCUUGGCGGUGCCUAGAACCAAGGACUCUAAGAAACAAAGACCAUAGAGACAGCUCUUCACGUUUACAAAACUAGGUGCCUCUUAGUGGAAGCUUUCCUCUCAUUCUAUUGCAGUUCUUCCAAGGAAACAGGGAAGACUGGAUUAAUUCCCUUUUCCCUCUUAAGCACUUUUUUAAAAUAAUAAGGUAUCACUUUAAAUUGCAGGAAACAUCUCUGAUAGGAAAAAAAAAAGAGCUUUUGUAGAACCUCACGGUUGUGUGUCAUGUGGAGACGCUCUGCCUCUGGUGGCUGCAGGGCGACACAGCCUUCCCGGGAAGGCUUCAGUUGGAAUGCACUUUAAUCAACGAGUCCUCACUUGACGUGGCCUUAUGGGAUGGCGGGUCGGGAGCCCCUUUCAAUCUUCUCUGCCAAAGAAUUACUCAAAAGCACAUCAAAUACCAAAUCUCAUCAGCACAAUGGGGGUGAGAAACUUUUAUUCCAAAAUGUAUUCCUUUAUAGCAUCUGCUACACCAUUUGGGAAUAUUUUUAACCUCAGAAUUUAAAUAAAGUAAACACUAUGAA